ACGGCCGCGAAUAUACAUGGCUUGGUUAUAACAAGCGUUCAGCCAGUCACCAUUCAGACAGCGCACGAACGACAGUCGCUGAACGCGCACGCGUGUUUUAUUCGCGCUUAAAUUUAAAAACGCAAAUUUAACAAUCGCCAUCCGUACGCUAAUAUUUCUUCUAGUUCAUUGUAAAUAUGCCUAAAAAGAAAUAGUUGUUUUUUUUGCAAGCUGCGUUUGGAUAUUUUUUUAGUGAAAUCGUGUUAUUGACUUUGCUGCGCGCUUCAAUCCUGUUUUCGUCCGCGUAAAACAUCUGUGAUAUUAAAUUGUUGUGAAAAUUUAGUGCUUACUUUUAUAUACUUAAUUUCGUUUCGUGAAAGAAUUUUUCGCGGAACGUAGUGAUAAAAAAGUCUUUAUGAUAGGUCCAUAUAUGAAGUGUCUACAUUUUUAUCCCAAACAUUAUGAUUUACAAAUGGAUAUUAUGAUAAGAGUGAAGUGUUGUCAAGAAACUAAAAAUCCAAAGUGACGAAGUGUGUGAGGUGUCUGUUUAGCUGCGUUCCGUUCCUUUGUAACAUUAGAUAACCUUCAAAAUGUCAGACAAAACGUCGUCGUCCGUUGGCCCGAGGAGUUUCGAGACGAUCUCGGAGGAAGAUGUGGAGUCGCCGUGGGAGAAGUUGCUGGGUGAGAUGAAGACCGCCGUGCCUACUAUCAUUAAGACUGACGCGUCGAGUGCUACAAUCUGCAAGGAUGAUGUGUCCGUGAACCCGCAGAUCCUCGAUAUCGAGUCCAACAAACUGACGCGAUCCAAGAGUCUGAAUCAGAGAAGAAACAGCAGCGGCCUGCUCAGCAAUAUCCCGCGACAGCUCAGGCUUUCCCUUCGAGGUGUUCGAAGCGAACCUUCCAGUGUAAAGGACGUCCCGACCACCAGGAAUGAUAGCUCCCUUAAUCUCUUCCUCAAAUACCGUCAAGCCCGCUACGCAGCAAGGCGCGUCAGGAAACGCGUCAUCUUUAAACACGGCGACUGCAACGUCGUGCAAUGGAACGUGGCCAAGCGCAGGCGCCGAUACCUUCAGGACAUCUUCACGACGCUCGUCGACGCCCAGUGGCGCUGGACGUUGCUCGUCUUCGCGCUUUCCUUCAUCCUCUCCUGGCUGCUGUUUGCACUCAUCUGGUGGCUCAUCAUCUUCACCCACGGGGACCUCAACCCCCCGCCCCCCAACAGCACAUCCGAAUUCAUUCCCUGCCUCAACAAUGUCAACUCAUUCACCGGCUGUUUUCUCUUCUCCGUCGAAACUCAACACACCAUCGGCUACGGCUCCAGAACCACCAACGAAGAGUGCCCCGAAGCUAUCUUCGUUAUGUGCUUACAAAGUAUCGUCGGAGUAUUCAUUCAAGCUUUCAUGGUGGGUCUUAUAUUCGCGAAGCUGGCGAGGGCCAAAAAACGAAAUACAACCCUACUGUUCUCGAGGAACGCGGUGAUAUGUCUAAGAGACGGGGAGUUUUGCCUUCUAUUCCGAGUGGGAGAUAUACGAAAAUCGCAUAUCCUUGAAGCGCAUGUCCGCGCCCAGAUUAUUCGGAAAAAGGUACCACCCAUAAUGACAAGAGAAGGAGAAGUAUUACCAUUCUACCAGCAAGAGCUGAAGGUCGGUGCAGACGGUGAGGAAGACAGACUGAUGUUCAUCUGGCCAAUGACCAUAGUACACAAAAUCAAUGAGAAAUCGCCACUUUACAACCUUUCCGCUUCUGACAUGCUGAGAGAAAGAUUCGAGAUAGUUGUUAUGUUAGAGGGUGUGAUCGAGUCUACAGGUAUGACGACUCAAGCUCGCAGCAGUUUCCUACCAUCAGAAAUACUUUGGGGACAUCGUUUUGAAACAAUGGUGUCAUUUAGAAAAGACACUGGAGAGUAUGAGGUGGAUUACACUCGCUUCAAUAACACCUACGAAGUGGACACGCCUCUCUGUUCUGCUAAACAGUUGGAUGAACUCCGGGCUACCGUCUCCACUUCUCAGAAAUUAGAUCGUAUGCUAGGCACAAUACCAAAGACCUUCUCUAACGACACACUGGACCUGAGUUCCGUUGAUUCAAUAUCGCUAGACGAGCACAUUGAGAUCAAAAUCCCAGAAGCGAGAGUCAGAGAGAACAGACUGAUGGCACAGAACAACUUCGUGCAGCACGUCAACGAGAAACUUAAGAACCAUAGCCACUUAGCGGUUGAAAACGGCCAAGUACCACUACCGAAGAACCUCUCUAUGACAGGAAUAAAUAUAGAAACGAAAGCUGAUAAUGUGCAAACAAAAGAUGGUAAUAUACAUCGCAGUCACAGCCACGCUAGCAUGAAGCGUGCGCACGGACUCACGCCCAACGGUGUCGGACAUCACGGCCCAGAGAAGGACCAUAAAAUUAAAAAAACUCCAAGCGACCAUCACAUAGUAGAAAAGAUCCCAGUCCAUCCGAUACCGAUAUUGGUGACGUCACCAGCUCCGGAGCCGGCUUAAAGUAUUCCAGAUCCUUGCAUUCAUAGCUAGUACCUACUACCCACACAAUACAGCCCACAUAUCCUCAAAAUUGUAAAAAUAAUAGUGAUAUAAAUCAACAUACGCAUAAAUAAAUGUUACACUAGAACAACAAUGGAGAUUAAUAUUCGAUUUAAAAUCUUAUUAAAAACACAUUGACACGUAAAUAUGGAGUUCGUUUGGAUAAUAUAAUUGUAUUUAAAUAAAUUAAUAAAAUUUAAAUUAAGCACAAAAUGUAAAUAUGUAUGGGAAGAAACUACAAUGAUGACCAAAACAGGCAUAUUUGUUUAAAUAUAUUAGUUUAAUUAAUAAUAACAAAAAAAUACCUUAUCAGCAAUUUGGUCAACUGUAGCACAUAACAGAAAUCACUUCUACAUUAUUGAAUAUUAAAAGAUUUAAAAUUUACCAGUAUCUUGUUUAUUAAAUGUUUUAUCACAUAAUUCACUUAUAGUUUACUAAG